AUGCCUCGUGGCCACAUCGGAACCGGCCAGCUGCGUAAGCGGCAAAAUGCCCAAGCGCAACGCAACUACCGUGCAAAGCAAAAAAACCGAGUGCAUGCCCUCGAGCAAAUGGCAGCAUCUGUACUGGCCAGCAGUAGCUCACUCAACGCUUCUGCUGGACACGCUGCGACUGAUGCAGAAAUAAUGGACACGAGUACAAGAGCCACAAUCAACGUGCACUCAGGUAGCAGCAGUAAUCACAACAUGCUCGCAAAAGCCUUGAGCUUCCCAGUCCUCUUCUCUUUCUCCCGAGACGAAUUAAUCAGAUGUGUCCGAAUCAUGGCAAGUGAGGGCUUCGGUCUUCGGCACAUCGUCAAGUAUGGCUUGAUAAGCCUUGGAUAUGGAAUGGCAGCAGACCUCUUCGACCAAGCCUCGCAAGCCCCCUCACAGCGCUGGAUUGAACUGGUGAAGCUGAGUUAUGGGGGUAUCGAUAUGAAACUCGUCGUAUCGCGCGGCAUCACGCUUCUUGGUCGGCUUCGGAAUCCUCCAGCAUGGCCAUCACUGGAGACAUUGAGAGCAACGUGCCCGAAUCCACCAAGUACUAUUACAUUAUCAGUCGUGUCAAUUCUUUCAGCUCAGCUGCUCAAUAUGCAGUUUCUUGAUAUAUCCCCAGACAUGCUUUGGGACGAAGACUCCGUGUCACCAUUAUACGAUCCACACUUGGAAAAAGAUGGCGCUUCACUAAAUGGUCACGGAUGUAUACGAACCAUCCCAAGAGAUCUUCAACCCACCACCAACCAGCGCCUAUUCCCACAUCACCCAUACCUAGACCUUAUCCCUUGGCCAAUCUUCCGCUCAAACGUUAUAGCAGCCAUUUCUUUAGACCCACCUAUGAUUGAUGAGGACGAUCUCUGCCUAGACCUGACGAAUGACGGGUUUCGAUGCUGGGGUACUACUAUGGGCUCUUUGCAUGGGCGCGGAGAAGGUGUUCCUUGGGACUGUCGUAGCUGGGAGGCCACUCCAUGGUUCUUGGAGAAAUGGCAGUGCCUUACCGGUGGUGAAGAUGGUGAAAUGUCCAGAAAUAGUGCUUGGUGGAGAUCCAUGCAGGGCAUGUCUUAG